CUCUUGCUGUUGCUGUGUGGGAAGAGACUGGCUGGAGCUGCCGGUAUCUUAUGAGGAGCCAAAAAAAGGGGACGAGAAGGGUGAGUUAGUCUGUACCUGCAACAAGGCAUUGAGCCUCCACGACUGAGUUGGUCAAGCUCCUGCACUCUCACUUGCUCACACCUCGCAAAUAUGUAGGAAUUCCAGCAGUUUUUCGCAUUUCUACCCAUAACAAGUUUCUUGCCUCGGGGAAAACUGGGAGUUGUAGUUCUUUGUACAAGUUCUCUUCACUUGCUGUCAACGUAAAGCUUUAGAAGUCCAAACUACAACUCCCGUCAGGCACUGUGGCUGACUCUUGAUAAACAAGGCACUUCUUCUCGCUCUCUGGUUGGUAGGCCGAGGCCACUCCUUCUGCUUCUCCUCAUUGGUUACUGUACACGUCGGCUGCUUGCUUUUGCUCGAUCUCCGACCCCUUUUUCUUAUUUCUCGCCUAUGAUUGGUUACUGUAAGUGUUGCUCAAGCAUCUUCCCCCUUGUCAAGAUGCUCCGCCUGCGAGGUCUUCUGAUUGGCUGCCAGCUCUGUCACUGGGCUAGUUGUGGGCUGUGAUUGGCUGCCCGUGCCAGCUGUUCCUGCUUCAUUCACCAUUUUGUCUCCUGGAGUAAGGGGCCAGGCAGCAGUGUGUGGGAUGUCCGUGGGUGAGGGCCAGGUGAGUGUCCGCGGCUCCCCUCCGGUCAGUAGAAGCUUGACCUUCCCGUGUACAAGAAGUGCCUGAGUGGAUAUCUCGUGUUGGCUGCCUUCUACCAUAUGUUUACUUUCCUCUUCAGGUGCUGUCCUUCUGAAAGACAGGCUACAAAAUGAAAUCUGUAAAGAAAGCUACCAGCACCGCACACAGUAAAGCCUCAAAUUCUUCUCGUAGCAAGAAACUGAGGAGGAAGAUGGAAGACGGGAGACAGGAGGAGGAAGAAGAGCAAGAAGAGGAAGCUGCAGAGGAAGAAAUGGAAGAGGAGGCAGAUGAAGACUCUGGACAACCCCUGGCACACGUGGACCCAAAGAAUAUGCUUUUAAAAAUGGAACCUACAGAGCAAGAGGUAACAGAAUCUCAGGUGACAGAUCAGGAAAAGGCAGCUCAGUCUGCAGAUCAAAUGACAGGGAUGGAGGAGGAGAAAGGCUUGCCACAUACAGUAAAAUCAGAACCCAACAUUGAGGCAUCCAGCGAUGGCCAAACUGUCAACAAAAUAUCAUAUGAUCUUGCGCGGUGGGAAAUGCCUUCAAGCCGAAAAACCGCCACUUUCAAAUCGAAGGCCCCAAAAAAGAAAUACAUUGAAGGCCAUGGUUCUCAGGAAGGGCAAGAGGAUUCGUCCAGUAGCAGCGAGGGCCCUGCUACUCUACAUGACUGCAGUGGGGAGCAGCCAGUGAGCAGUGUCAUAGUAUCAGAGGAGAGGUGCCAUUCAGUCAGGUCCUCCUCCACAGAUACUGCCAGUGAGCACUCUGCAGAAUUGGAAGAAGAAACUGAGAAGACUCACAUAGAUAUUGCCCCCUCAUUUGGUCCUGGUACAGAUCCUGGCUUUCAUCACCUAAGGCCACAAAGGAUCCUGGUUAGGAGAGAGGACAGUUUCCAGCUCUGCCAGGUGAAGCAAUUCCGCCAGAAUCAAGUUGGUGUUCAGUUCCCAGGGGAGCAGUCUCUUACAUUUGUGGAUAUCACUCAGCAUUUAGUUCUUUUAGAUAAGAUCCCUCAACCAGGUGAGGUGGAGGUGGGCAUGCCAGUGUGUUUCUGCAUGUGCCCUGAUGAUACAGUGUUCCGGGAGGGCAUUGUGGUUGAGAUUGCCCAGAAUCCACUGUCUUACAAGGUUUGUAUUCAGCCAAGCCCUGGUAGGAGGGAGCGUGAAUACCGUUUAGUCCCCCAUUCUUGCAUUCGACUCUUGUGCUCCCCUUGGUGUAAAGAAUCUGUCCUUGCGACACCUCAAAUUGCAGAGGAGAAGAAGCAACAGGCAACUGGAAGAUUUGCAACAGCUUUGCCCUUGGACCAGCCAUCAGGGAGCUCCAUUGAGUUGCCUGUUUCCCCACGUGGCACAGAACAGAAGCACUUGGAGGAUGCAGAAGUAUCAAAGAUAAGCUUCAGCAUGCCAGUAAGUGAAGAGAAGCUGUCUUCGAUUCAGCAACGAAUUCUUUCCCCACCGAAAUCUCCAGCAUUUGGAAUAAUGCUAGGACAUCUGCCAGAGCAGCCUUCUCCAUUGUUAAGUCCGGAUGCAGGCAGUCGCAGCAGCUGCAGCAGCGUGUCUCUGGAUAAAUGCAGCACUCCCGGGUCCCGUUCUCGAACACCUCUGACUGCUGCACAGCAGAAGUAUAAGAAGGGAGACGUGGUAUGUACUCCCAAUGGAAUUCGGAAAAAAUUCAAUGGCAAACAAUGGAGAAGACUGUGCUCCAGGGAUAGCUGUAUGAAGGAAUCUCAGCGCAGAGGCUACUGUUCUCGACAUUUAUCCAUGCGUACCAAGGAGAUGGAGGGUAUGUCUGAGGGCAGGGUAGGCCGGGAGGGAAGUGCUGAGUUUGAGUGGGACGAUACCUCAAGGGAUAGUGAAGUCAGUAGUAUUCGCACAGAUUCCCGGCCACGUCUGGUGGCCCCUACUGACCUCUCUAGAUUUGACUUUGACGAAUGUGAAGCUGCCAAUAUGUUGGUUUCUCUUGGGAGCUCUCGCUCAGGAACCCCAUCUUUUUCUCCUGUUUCAACCCAGUCCCCAUUUUCACCAACACCAUCUCCCUCUCCUUCCCCCCUCUUUGGUUUCCGGCCGGCCAACUUCAGCCCCAUUAAUGCUUCACCUGUCAUUCAACGAGCCCGGAGCCGGCAUGUUAGUGCCAGCACCCCUAAAGGAGGAACCGUUCUGACUCCAGAAAUGCUUCAUCAUGCUCACCAUAGGGAGAGACAGGCUGUGGGUAUCCUCCCCUCAUUCCAGACCAACCUUACUUUCACAGUACCCAUGAGUCCCAGUAAGAGAAAACCAGAUUCUCACCAUGGCAGUGUCAGCUCUGCUGCAGAUUUUCAGAAAAGUGACAGUAUGGAUUCCGGAGUUGACUCAGUGUCUCACACACCUAACCCUUCUACUCCAGCUGGAUUUCGUUCCGUCUCACCAGCUCCCAUAUUUUCCCGCUCUCAACAGGCCUCCCCGUCUCAGCUUGUGUCUCCCCCUGCUGGCUUGACCUCUGAUCCCAGCCCCUCAGUGCGCAGGGUACCUGCAGUACAGAGAGAUUCUCCUGUCAUUGUGCGCAACCCAGACGUGCCUCUCCCAUCUAAGUUUGUUGAAAAGCUGUCAGAUGGCACCUCCAGGAAUAUUGGAGGGGCAGCCUCAGGUAGCAGCAGCCCACGUCGAAUAAGUAAAGUCUGCAGUAAAGAUCAUCCAUCUAAGACCCAACUUCAAAUUCCUGUCCCCAUAAACGCCACACAAAUGCAGAGUGCAGCACGGACUUUACCCACAGGACAACAGAGCUCAGGAGAACCUGUAACGUGCACCUCAGCUGCAUCCACUGAACACCCUCCAACUGUCUUCAGCAUUUCUUCACCAUUCCAGCCUGUAGCCUUCCAUCCAUCUCCUGCCGCACUCCUCCCAGUGAUUGUGCCCACUGACUAUUCAAGCCACCCUGUUCCCAAGAAGGAGAUUAUCAUGGGGAGACCAGGCACAGUAUGGACAAACGUGGAGCCGAGAUCUGUGGCAGUGUUUCCCUGGCACUCAUUGGUUCCUUUUCUGGCUCCAAGUCAGCCAGAUUCAUCCGUCCAGCCCUCAGAGGCUCAGCAACCUGUCAAUCAUCCUGGAGCCUCAAAUCAGAGUAAAGAACCCCCAGAAUCUGCAUCAGUUGCACAUGAGACCGUGCCAGUGGCAAGCUUUGAGGAUGAGAGAUGUACCGUUCCCCACACUGACAUUGUUGCUCCGCCGCCUACUGAGGAGCCUGCUAAGCAGUCACAGCACCAAGAGAGCUUGACCCAGGGAACAACAGGGGACCACAGAGGAGACAGUGAAACCGAGAGUGACCAUGAUGAUGCAUUCUUUCCGAUUGGGCCACCAGAUUUGCAGCUACCUAUGCUUGGUGGGAAACGUCGGACACAGUCACUAAGUGCACUGCCCAAGGAAAGAGACUCUUCUUCGGAGAAAGAUGGGCGCAGCCCCAAUAAACAGCGGGAGAAGGAUCACAUCCGACGCCCAAUGAAUGCCUUUAUGAUCUUCAGCAAGCGGCAUCGGGCGCUUGUACAUCAGCGCCACCCAAACCAGGACAACCGUACAGUCAGCAAAAUCCUGGGAGAAUGGUGGUAUGCACUAGGACCGAAGGAGAAGCAGAAGUACCAUGACCUUGCCUUCCAGGUCAAAGAAGCGCACUUUAAAGCUCACCCAGAUUGGAAAUGGUGUAACAAGGACCGUAAGAAGUCCAGCUCUGAUGUAAAACAGGUCAUGCCAGGUCCAUGGGGAGUGCACAAGGAGAUGAGAGAGAGAAGCAUGUCAGAGACUGGAACCAUGAUUGCCGCUGGAGCUGCUGCUGAGGUUCCACCUUCAGGGCUCCUUUUGGGAUCUGAGUCAAAGCUUGGAGCCUCCACCUCAGCUCUGGCAACUGGCCUGCCUACUUCAUCAAGCUCUUCUACUCAAAUAUCCCGGCCACGAGCUUUUUCUCAUAGCGCCGUGCAGAGCAUAGAGCACAGAGACGACAGCCAGGCUCUGCAGGAGCUCAAACAGAUGUGCUCAAAUCGCCCCCCCUAUCCGGUGCAGAAAACAGCAUUUGGGGGCCCAGACUCCACAUCAUUUUCAGUCCCAGCUCACAGUGAGUCCCCCACAUGCCCAGCUUCCCGAGCCUGCUCUUCCCUGCCUGGCUCCUACCACCCCCAACGUACAGCAAGCGAGGACAUGACCAGUGAUGAGGAGAGGAUGGUAAUCUGUGAAGAAGAUGGGGAUGAUGAUGUAAUAGCUGAUGAUGGCUUUGGAUGUCCUGAUAUUGACUUGAAAUGUAAGGAGCGGGUGACAGACAGCGAUAGUGAUGGCAGAUCUGGAGAUGAAGUAGAGGACAAGGUGCAACCCCAGCGUGUUUUCUCACCUGUCAUUCGAACAUCAUCCGUGUCAGGGACUUUCCCUGUCUCAAAUGAAGGCCUGAAGUCAGAAAGACAACAGAAUAUGGCAGAGUCCCCAAAGUCCAGUGACCAUCCACAGACUUCUUACCCCCAUGGAUACCCCCCUUUACCACCUGCCAAACCUCCUCCUCGUCCUUCCACUCAACAUCAAACCAAACGAAAUCCAGAAGUACGCUUUACUCUGGUGGACCCUAUUGCCAGCUACGAGCGCAAGCACAGCACCACUGUCCAAUACAGUACUCAGUCUGUUAUCUCAAGUGGGCCUCCUCAGCCGCUGGUUCUACCUAGUUUACCAUUUAAUCACCCUUCCAGUAGCAUGUAUUCAUCUGCACCAAUGUCCUAUGAAGGGCACAGAGGAAUGCCUGACAGCCGCCCUCCUCUUCCCACUUUAGGCACAGUGCUAGUGUCGGGUCCCCAGGGGAUUCUUCCUUCUGGUCUAAAACCAGCAUCCACAGUCGUCACUAAUGUAGUGAAACCUGUUAGCAGCACACCUGUGCCCAUAGCAAGCAAACCACUGCCUGUCAGCAGAAGCAGCAGCGAUUUGAGUGAGAGCAGAAUACCUGGAUCACAUGUGGGAAUUGGGGUGCUCUAUGCUCAUGACAGAAAGCCAAUGCAGCAACUACCAUCUCCAGCCAAUUCUCCUCACUCACAAAGCAAGCCAGCUGGUGGAAUAGUAACCAACUUAGUAGUGGGAGCGUCAAGCUAUGGGCAGCCAGCACCCACUACUGGCAAUGGAACCGCCCAUGCUCCUGUCACAGCCCUGCAGUUUAUAACUCAGAAUCCUGCAGGGAAUUCCAACGGAGCGGUGCCUCUACGAAUCCUGCAACCUCAGGAGUUGCUUCCUGCAGCAGCUAGCAAGAGGGGAAGCAUCACCCAAGUGCAGUACAUAUUACCCACAAUCCCACAGCAACUGCCAGGGGGCACUGCUGCAAGCAUUCAUUUCACCCUUCCAUCUGCCAAUGCAAAGAUGAUUGCUACGCCUCAGGCCCUUCCAAUCGUUCAGCCUGGCCCUCCUGCAAGCCCCUCUCUCGGCAUUGUGUCAGCUGCUGGAAAAGCUCAAUCUGUGUCACCUGCCCCAUUGUCCGGGAGUUCCACACAAUUGCUUUCCGGUCCUGGAAUUCUCUCUCCUAACGCUCAGGUUCAGGGCAAGAUGCUAGUUCCUAUGGGUACUCCUCAUGUGACAGUGCGGACCGGCUCUGCUGCACCAAUACCACUUGUCACCCCUCCAUUUCCAAUGCAGAACGGGGCUCAGCCCACCAACAAAAUAAUACAAAUCACUCCAAUGCCAAUGGUGCAAUCACCGGCUCCAGCCCAGAGUGCCUUAGUACCACCAGGCAAUUCUCCACUCCAGAAUGCCAUCCCUGUCACCAUGGCAACAGCAGCUGUAAUGGCAGCAACUUCACAACCUCAAAAGGUUGUUUUGCCAUCAUCAACCAGGAUCACCUAUGUGUCCUCCGCAGGGGUUCCCACUGUCCCUCUGGUGACCAGCAGCUCUCAUUCUCACACAGCACCUUCAGGCUCUGCCCCAUGUGUGCAGUCUAUGGCCCUCGGGUUCACGGCUAUAGGUCCAAAUGGCCAGACAAUCGUGCAGCCUCUGAUUACAGGCCAGAGUCAGCUACUUGCCCAGGGACAAUUAGCAGUUUCUCCAGCUUCCACACCUCCUGUGCCGCAAACAUGCAGCGGCCAAGUCCUGACAGCAAUAUAUCCCUCAGUUGGGUCCAACGCACUGACUGUGCCAGCACCCCCUGCUGCCCAGAGUGUGGUAUACACUGUAUCCAGCACAAGUCCUAUUUCUACAAUUCCUGCCACUAUCUUGCCUAAAGCCAUUACCUCCCCCCAGACAAUCAAUUCUCCACCAGCACCGUGUAUAGCAGGAAGCAGCUCUACCCCUGCAACAGCUGCCUCUGUCACGUUCAGUCUGGUAACCUCAAAGUCACCACGGAACCUUCCAAAACCUCCUCAGAAAGUCAAAGCUACCAUAGCUAGCAUCCCUGUAGGGUCCUAUGAAGCAACGUCGCCUUCCCCGUGUGUGCGCAACACUGCCCGACCCUCACCUUUACCCCCCUGCGAGGAGACUCCAGAACCAAGGUAUAUUGCAGAGUCUCGUGGGUCAUCGAUGGGGCGUGAACCCUCUACAGAGUCCUACUCAGUCAGCCCCUUCCCUCCUGCACACGUCCGAGAACCAGCGCAGGCAAAACAGAGACUGUCUACAGCUGAAGAUCGGGCAUCCAGGGAAAUCUGGGCAAAGAACAUGACUGAUGAUAGAAGUUCCGCACCUCCUCUUCCUGACGACAAAAGAGAACCUCCUCACUCACCAAGUAUUAAGAAAGAACCUGGGUGUUCUUCAGAUUUUAAAGUCACAGAGACUCGUUUAGACUCCAAUCCUCCUACAGGACUCCCUACUCCCUCUUCCCCUGUUCCCCUGCCCCCAGCCCAGUCUGGAGAGGCUGCAAAGGCCGGCACAUCUCUCUCUGAGGCUUCAGAAAGGAAGGAUGGGCCUGUGAAGAAAGUGAAAGUGCGCCCUCCACCUCUCAAGAAAACCUUUGACUCUGUGGAUAACAGGGUCCUGUCUGAAGUGGAUUUUGAGGAGCGCUUUGCUGAGCUACCGGAGUUUAAGCCAGAGGAAGUGCUUCCUUCGCCCACACUCCAGUCUCUUGCCACUUCUCCUCGUGCUAUCUUAGGAUCUUACCGAAGGAAACGCAAGAACUCAACAGUUUGGUCUCCCAACCUAGAUCUGGACUCUUCAACCGAAGAUCCAGUCUCUCCAAAAAGAAAAAUGCGGAGGCGUUCCAGCUGCAGCUCUGAGCCCAACACACCUAAAAGUGCAAAAUGCGAAGGUGACAUUUUCACCUUUGAAAGGACAGGCAGUGAGGCGGAAGACUUACUGGGUGAAAUGGAAUACGAUAAGGCCCCGUACUCUUCGCUGCGCCGAACUUUGGAUCAGAGAAGGGCAUUGGUCAUGCAACUUUUCCAGGAACAUGGUUUCUUCCCAUCCUCUCAGUCCACUGCCGCCUUCCAGUCACGAUACUCCGACAUCUUUCCCACCAAGGUUUGUUUGCAGCUGAAGAUCCGUGAGGUGAGACAGAAGAUUAUGCAGACAGCUACUCCCACAGAAUGUCUGUUUGCUGAGCAUCCUUCCCCCAGCACUUCUGAGGCUGGACCCUCCGACAUGCAACCCCCACAGGACCCGGCACUACGAUCAAGUGAGCCCGCUGAAACCUCCUGGGAGGAAGGUCAGGAGCCUCCUGAAACUUCCAGGAGCAGAUGAGUGUUCACAGGAGAGAUCAGAAUGUAUUGCCACUUGCUCGACCCAGAGACUGCUGGGGCACCCUCCUUUAGGGUUAUCUGGGCUCAGCAUUGAGGGGUUGCGCUCUAUGCCCCCCAUAUAAAACUUAGCCCCACAUGCACAGACAAUCCACCCACUCCCGGACAGAUUUUGUGGGCAGUCUCAUCCUCUAGAGGAAUUGACAGCUA